UGGCCCAAGGACUCUCCAGUUUUUUUAGUCAUUUACCGUCGUCUGCUUUUUUUUGUGUGUCUUUGAGUAAUCAGGUGUUUGUCACGUUGAAUUGAAAGCCUUUAAUAGUGCAAUCUAGGCUUCACACAUCUUAAUCCAGCCGCUAAAAUGGAUAUCAUUUAUAGUCUUCAAAGAUGGAAAUUGCUGGAAGAAAUUGCAGUUGAAAUUUUUCAAUACUUAGAUGUAAAUGACUUGCACGCAGCCGAAAGAGUGUCACCUGUCUGGAAAGAGAUCAUAAUUAACGGAAAGUUAUGGGAAAAGCUUUUUAAAAGAAAUGUUGUAUUAUAUCCACCAUGGAAAAAAAUGAACAGUAUUGUAAGAAAGCAGCAAACCAAUUCCGAUAUUGCAUUAGUCGUAGAAGAAGAUGAAGAACAAGUACUUUGGAGUGAGCAAGAGCUUUUCAGAACAACAUGUCUUACUAUUGCUGAUUCACUAAAUAUCCUAGAAAAAAACUGGACGACAGGAAAUUAUCAAGAAGAAAUUGUGCAUCGUGGAGCAGUUAUAGGUCCUGUUAAUUCAAUCACGUUUCUAAUGGAUGAAAAGCACAUUGUUCGCCAUGUGGAUUCAGAAAGGACAUUUCAGUUUUUCAACCGAUGGUCCCUUGAUUUGGAAGAGUCAAUUCCUUCUCGCACUGAUUCCAGUGGAAAUCAACACCACCAUUGUUUUGUAUCGUGUUUCGAUUUCAGCGACGAGCUUCUAGUAGUUGGAUAUGGCAAUGGGGUGGUAGAUGUCAUAUGGCGAAAAACAAAAGAAACUCUGCACACAUUCCGGGAUUUUGAUUGGCCCAACAACCAUAGCGUAGACGAGGACGACCAAGAUAAUUACGUGACAGAAAAAGUUAUCCUUAGCCCCAAACGACAGUUUCUUCUUUCUUAUUUGUAUACCACAACUUCAUAUUUCCUCACCUUGAGGAAAAUAAGUGACAUCAAACACAUGAUAAUUGCUCAUCAGUUACAGCUGGACGAGAACGUUGAAGAGUUAGUCAAUUUGUACAUGGAUGAUGUUUACACCAUCCUUUUUAUCCGCUCAAGAAGUGGCCGUGGCCCGUCCGAAGAAAUCUUUGAAAUCCGCUCAACCGAUUCCUUUACUCCACUUCAUUCAAUUUCAGUUCAAGGUGUCGUAUCUGCAUACCAUUACCUUGAUGGACUGCUCGUCAUCGGUACCCAGGUUUCUAAUAGUCAAUUUUUAAGGGUUUGGAAUACAAAGACGGGCAAGUCAAUUUGGGAUGUGAACCUUGACAAGGAGAAAAUAGUCGACCUUCGGAUUAUCUCCGACAAGUACAUUGUAAGUGUUAACGGCACUGGAGAGCUUAAACAGUGGGAUUUACAUACUGUGCUCGAUCACGCCGUGCCGGCCGACAAAGCCCUAUUGCAUAGAAUAGGGAGCACAGAGAAUUUAUGCUCGUGUGUCGGCGGAGGCAUGGUGGCUGAUGAGUAUCAAGUUGUGUUGUUCGGAUUCUUCCGUACCACUCCCAUCAAGGGCCAUGAAAGUCCAAUAAUUGUGUCUUUGGACUUUAUGAAGGGCCAGAAUCAUGUUAAAAAACCUUUACCACAGCUUUACUGAUUAGCUUUAAGCUUAUACUCUUUAUUUCCUGCCCUGACUUGGCGAUUAUAACCGACUCCGUCUUUCACCGUUCCACUUUUUGAAUUUUAACCGAAUUUUCUGCUAACAUCAUAGAUUCCUACCUCCUGAAUGCUCGUGAGUAAUCACAUCUUUACGGUGAGCCGUUUAAAAAUAAAUGAUGAUGUUUUG